AUGAAUCUUUUAUUCAUUCACUUUAUGAUCGAUGGCAUCAAUACAUGUGUCGUAGCUCUGCAUCCAAACCCUCACCACAACCACAAUCACUGUCAGUGUUGUCCUCUCAGACCACCGCUCACUCCAAGCGUCAAUACUUUGAUUAAUGGCUUUUCUGCCGACUCGAGACUCUUCGGGCGGACAUACGUUGCGGUCAGCAGCGGAUCCUCGAGGACUGCGAAGCCAUUGAAUUCCUAUCCAAAGCCAUACACUUUAAAGACAUUUCUCGGUUGUGUGCCUAACGUUCCGAAUCCACCGCCGAAUACAAACACUGUAACCAAUACUAUGGCUACAAUUGGUUCCAGUUCUUCAUCAGUGUCUCCGCAACUAAACAGAGGACCGGAAAGCGAAGGAAAGACGAGUUCGACAACUAUUGUAAUAGUGGUGACCGUAAUCUUGAUUGUGAUAAUAGUGUUGUGCGCUGUUAUCUACUUCUAUAUCCGACGCAAUGCGAACACUGAAACCAUUGCUCAGCGAAAAAAGAUGUCUGAAAAGGAAAGCAAAGCCACCGAUACUGAGACCAGAUUGAUGUCCAUCGAGACCAUCAACUCUUCCACUGGAUUUAAAGACAAAUAA